CAUACAUAUCUUAGAGAAACUUGGCAAAAACCUAAAGACUAAAUAUUUCAAACAAAGAAUUAAAAGCGCGUAUUGCGCUCGGGGAAUCGGCGAGACAACGUAAAAUCGCGUCGUCCAAAAAUAGCCAAGUGCAGGAGCCAGCGCGGCCCCGCCGCCGGCGCGACAGUGACACUCGGCGCCGCCCGCCAUGGCCAGCGACCCCGCCACCAAGAGGCUCUGCGCCGUCAUCGCGCUCUUCGUCGCCAUCAUUUGCAUAUUUGGAGGCUUCAUGCUGGGGCGCAGCGGGCGAGGCGAUGCGCGGCGGGGGAGCGACGCCGCGCUGCUCAACCUGACCGCCGCCGCGGACGGCCUGUACAGGAAGGCGCGCCGCAUCUCACCCAAGAGCGUUCACCAAAAGGACGCGGGCAAGGUGUCGGCGCGGCUGGCGGAGGCGCUGGGUGGCGGCGCGGGCGAGUGCGGGGCGCGCGCGGGCGCAGCACUGGCCGAGCUGGCGCGCGCCUGCCUGCACGCCGAGCUGCUCAAGCUCACCAGGGCCAUCAACAACGCCUCUUUAUAUUUAGACUCGCUCAGAUGACAAUGGAUAGUCAUUCAAUUCAUCAAUCAUUCGUCAUUGGGACUUACUUCUGCUUUAAUAAUGUGUAAGCUAUUAUUAUUUAUAAAGGAAUGUGAUUAUGUGGUUUCUGUGUUAUUGUAAUUGCCGAGUUCCACCAAAAUUUAGUAUUGUUUUUA